GAAGAUAUCGAGGGAAUGCUGGCACAGUUCAUCGUUCAACAUCCACCACCAGAGGCCUCUAACCUCGGAAGCGAAAUGCAUCAUCUCCCAAUGUCUGUCAUACUCCCUCAACGUCGGCCCGAGGCUAGACACCGCGGUUUCGUGCGAGCUUAUGCCCCAGUCCUAGAAGAGUGCGGCAUCGAUCAAGCUUCCUGGCUCGAGUUCCUAGACGGCUUCGAGAGCAGCAUCAAAGGAAGCCCGUGGCUCGGGGUUGUGAACGCCGGCGUCAUGGGCGCUGAUCUCGCCCACACCGUCGUUGGUGGGUUCGCGCCUAUUACAAUGCUUGUGACGCUCGCGGUGCAGACGGGGCUCGAGACGUCUCGCCGGGGCUACGUGAACUACAAACAAAACAACUACCUCGAAGUCAUGAACGAAAACUUCUUCAAACCUCGGGGCUUGUAUGCUCUUGUUGUCAAGUACAAGCCGUCCAGCAGCGAAGUCGUUGAAAAUGUCGAUUUGGCUUCAAACAUCACCCAGGCCGUGGAAGGCAGUGAGAAACAGAGCAAGUGGAAGAAGUUGCUGCACUCGUCAUCUACCACGACGAAGAGCGAGGCCGAGAUACCCGAGCCAGCGCCGCUGGUGUUUCCUGAACUCGAUAAGAUGGAUGAGGGGCAAAAGCAAAACAUGGUGAAGAAAUUUGGAGACUUCAUCUCAAAGUACUACGACCGAAAGGCUACGGACAGAUUCAGGAAAGAACACCCUGACUCGAAGCUC